AUGUCUACCAAAGUUCAAACGGUGUUAGAGGAGCCGGGCCAUUAUGAACUUUCUCAGUGGUCUCACCGCCGGCAGGAGGCGGAAGCUAGCAACAACUCGACGCCCUCACAGCUACAACAACCUGAAUCUGGUAGCGACCAAAACACUCGGCUGGACAAGAAAACCAUCCUCAAGCUUAUUAGUGCUAGCUUCUCCUUCAUGGUAGCUGGUGUCAAUGACGGCAGCGUUGGAGCCAUCAUUCCCUAUUUAAUUCGCGAUUAUCGUGUUAGCACUGCCCUCGUAUCAAGCAUUUAUGCUGCUCAGUUCGCUGGCUGGCUUUUCGCCGCAGUAUCCAACACCCACUUGUGCCAGUACCUAGGCCUGGGCUCUAUGCUCGCCCUUGGAGCCGCCUUUCAGAUCAUCAGCCAUGCCCUGCGAGCAUGGAUGCCCCCAUUUGGUCUCUUUGUCACUACCUUCUUUCUUGUAUCCAUUGGGCAGGCUUAUAAUGACUCCCACGCCAAUACUUUCGCUGCUAGCAUCAAGGGCGCUCACCGAUGGCUGGCAAUUAUCCACGCCUCCUAUAUGGCUGGCUGUCUGAUCGGACCGUUUGUUGCCACAGGUGUGGCAACCGCUGGGUCUAACUCGCAGUGGUAUCUUUUCUACACAUUUCCUACUGCCAUUGGUUGUGUCAACUUAGCUCUGAUUCUGUGGGCUUUUCGGGAUUCCAUGCGUGUCGAGCCUCAACUUAGGGCUGCUGAUGAUACUUCGGAGGCCCAAGAGACGACUACUGGACAAACCUCCAAAAACAAAGAUGCCAUCCGCCUGAUCAAGGAUAUUCUUACUGGCCGCAACGUGUGGUUACUUGGCAUGUUCUACUUUUUCUACAUUGGAUCUCAGAUCACAAUGAGCGGCUGGAUGGUCGAGUACCUCGUCGAUGUUCGGGACGGUAACCUUGCACAGAUGGGGUUUGUGCCCGCCGGCUUCAAUGGAGGUUGCCUACUUGGACGGCUGCUUCUCGCGGAGCCUACUUAUCGUCUUGGAGAGCGCCGGAUGGUCCUCAUCUAUUGUGUACUGGCAGUCGGGCUACAACUUGUUUUCUGGUUGGUACCCAACAUCAUCGCUGCUUCCGUUGCAGUGAGUUUCAUUGGAUUCUUCACGGGUCCUUUCUUUGCCACGGGUAUGAAUAUGGGCUCAAAGCUCUUCUCGGCCGAGUCUCACUCAACUGCGCUUGCUUUUAUCUUCGUUUUCGCUCAGAUGGGAGGCUCCCUCUUCCCCAUUAUAACUGGUGUCAUUGCCUCGUCUGCGGGAGUCCAAGUCCUUCAGCCCAUUCUGACUGCCCUCCUUGUGGCAAUGACUAUCGGUUGGCUCUUAGUUCCAAGACCCAAAUCCCAGCCAAAUCCAGAACUCCAUCAAGAGUGA